AUGACUCGUACAGCCUCAGGUGUGAAACUCGCCUACUUGGCAUCCUCACAACAAGGCAAUUCAACAAGCACGCCUGCUCUUUCAUCUCUAAACAGUAACGAAUCUGCCAAUCAUACAGGCACUAUACCACCCUCCCCUUCCAUCAAUACCGUGAACAACACUGCACAUAAACCACUCGCUCGUGAAAGGCCGUUUGCUCGUGAAGAUUACAAUAGCAACGUCAAUCCUAAUAGCAGGCCACCUUCCAUUCGAUCUGCUACCUCAUUCGGAAGACCAUUGAGCAGAUUCAUGCCCGGUCAUCAUGCCCGCCAUCAUUCGAAUUACUCAAAUUUCAGUACCAUGAGCGAAACUGCGUUACCUUGGACAACCCGAGAUAUUGGAUUUAAUGCCAUCUCUGGUGUAUUGAAUGAUCCUGCCAAAUCCAAGGAUCUAAGCAAGCCCAACAAAGCUGAUAUUCCACCGGUCUCUCAUGCCGCUAUUCCCAAAAUUAAAACGAGCGAUUUUGAAUCUUAUUUGAAUCAUAUUGGUCCAGCAUUUGAAAGAUAUCAGCAAUACAAGCUCGCCAACAAGGAAACUGAGGAUGCUAGUUCGUAUCCGCCUACACCCAACACAGCAUCUGGAGUCCCAGGUGAGGAUGAAGAGGCCUUUUCGCCAUUUGGUAGACAUCCAGCAAAACGAACAGGACGCAAUCCAUACAGCUUACCACAGCAUGUAUUAUCCAGCGAGAGUUUGUUAGACGACGAUGCAAAGACACCACCUCGAGAGCUACCUAUGAUUGAAAAUGUGCCACCCAUCUUUUUUGAGCCUGACUUUCUGCUAGAGAAUCCACAUGUGUUUGAUACAGUAUGUGAAGGAGCAGACAUCAUUGGCAACAGCGGACCGAAUUCAUCGAUUUCCACCAACUCGAUUUUGCAAGAGAAGCUGUCAUAUUACCUGGAUACGGUUGAGGUGCAUUUGCUGGGAGAAAUCGAGAAUAGAUCAUCCUCCUUCUUUGAGGCACUCAGCAAUCUACAAGCGCUGCACCAACAGACCUUAGACUGUGUUUCACAGAUCCACACCAUACGUCAAAAGAUGAAGCAGAUUCAAGACACAGAAUGCAAGGAUGGAUUGGAGAUUAUUCGGCUUCAAGUGAGAAAACGAAACCUAGAGAAACUCCAUCGAGUCACCACGCUGGUCAAGAACAUUCGAUCCGCUCAACCGAUGAUACAAAUUUUGCUUGGACAGGGCGAUUAUUUUGCUGCGUUGGAUUUGAUUGACGAGACGAGGGAUGUGUUGAGCGGCAAAAACAGCAGUAGCGGCGAUGACCGAGAGCCUGUGGACUUGACAUCGGUAAAAGCGCUGUCAAAUUUCUCCAGUCAGUUGGAUGAAAUGGAAAAGGCAGUUGGUGUCAUGAUGCAGCAUGAUUUCCUAAGCAUACUGUUAUCUGAUCUGUCGUAUAAAAUUGAGAGUUUGGAUCCUGAAGUAGCAAAGCAAUCACUAAUGAAUUUAGCCAGCACCGACACAAACAACGGCUGUUUGGAUGAGACGCAGAAGGAGACGGAUCUCAAGGAAAGAAUGACGCCCAGCACACUCGGGCUAUUGCGCACCAACAUGCUUACAAAAACAUUGCAAGGUUACCGUGAAAGGCUGAUGGUUGAAAUCAAAGACAUCAUUCGGAAGCGAUACCCACCUACCACCACACCUGUUUCGACACCACCAGCAUCCUCGCCGUCAGAUGAACAGCAAAUGGGAAACAUGGCAAAGCAGCUAAAAUCCAUGCCCUUUUCUUCGUUUUUCCAAAUGCUACUCGACAUCUUCUCGACGCUGAUAGAAGCCAUUCAACGCGCAUCUAUCUAUCACCAACUGCUGUUGCAAAUUGUCGAAAUGCAAUACCCCAACACAGACUUCUUGAUACAGAUCAGCAAGGAAUCUGCCGACAUUGUCUUUUCUGCUGCUGAUUUAGCUCAUGUGCGAUGUGGGAAACUGAUUGGCUUUCGCAACGACCAAAACACGCUGCUCAAUCCAACUGACUUUUAUCGCCUUUCAAACAUGAUGCGUGCAUUCAUCUCACAAUGCGAAAUGUAUUGCGGUAGAACUUGCUUUGGUCUUCGAGGUACAGUUUUGUCUCAGCAAAAGGCAUUUGUGGAGCAUUUCCAUAUGGAAAGAGUCAAGCAAGAAGCGCAACUUAUUGAAAACGAGCAGUGGGCAGCAAGCGAGGUGCCCUCGGACUUUCAGCUUAUUGUGGAUCGCAUCUGUGAGGGAAAGAUUGAUAGUCUUGUUCAUGGCAGUGUUCAACCAGAGUCGUCUCCUGCUGCUGCUGCUGCUGCUGCUGUGGAUAGUAGUGGUACCAAGUCUACAAAACAUUUGUUCAUUGAUGGCCAUAGCUACUACAUUGUUGGCUGCAGUUUGUUGAUUCUCAAAAUGUUUGAGGACUAUCUGAAAUGUGUAUUCAAUUUGGAGAACAUGACAUUGGAGAUUAUGCAGAAGCUGGUUGAAUUGCUCAAGCUAUUCAAUUCGAGGGUGUGUCAAGUGAUUCUGGGUGCAGGUGCAAUGCGUUCAGCAGGGCUAAAGAACAUCACUGCAAAGCAUCUCGCUUUGGCCUCACAAUCUCUUGCUAUCAUGAUUGCACUUAUUCCAAAGCUGAAAGAAUGUAUCAGCGGCCAUCUGACAGCUAAACAAACCAGCCACUUGACAGAAUUCGACCGCAUUGUCAGUGAUUAUAAGAAUCACCAAGGUGAAAUACAUGCUAAAUUAGUCGCCAUUAUGAAUGAACGAUUUGCAGCACAUGCCAAGGCAAUGCAAGCUAUACAAUGGGACGAAGAAGAGCUUCAGACCGGCAAAAACGCCAACAUCUACAUGGAGACGCUGGUGACAGAAACAGUGCGACUACACAAAGUGCUCGCAAAGUACCUUCCCGUGACAGAUCUCAAGUGUGUCAUGUCUCAAGUGUUUGGGUCUUUUACCACGCAAUUGUUGGAACAGAUCAAGCAAGCCGACAUCAAGACAGAGAGAGGGAAGAAUCGUCUUGCCAGAGAUGCUGCUUAUUUUACUCGACGCUUGAAAUCGCUGCAUCAUGUGGAGCCGCCUUCUAAUUCUGUCAUGGAAGCCGUGGAUGCUAUACAAGUCAAUGAAGCAGAAGACAAGGAGCCGCCUGCCAUUGACGCAGCAUCUGAUCAGAAAUAA